UGGCUACUAACGACAAAGUGGAAACUUCCAUCACUUAUUUCACCGCAGCUCCAAUUCUCAAAGCUCUGGAUCCAAUGAUCCACUGUCGCAGCACUUAAUUAUUCUUGAUUCUUCCCACCUCUCUCACUCCAUCAUUUUCCAAUUACACGAAAUUCAGAAACAAAAUGGGCACCCACAAUAUGAUUCUCAAGAUCAAGCUGCUGCUUCUUACUCUGUUUCACCUCCGAUCCCAACCCAGUACGCCUGUCCUGCUGAAACGCUACUCGUAUAGAGAUAUAAAGAAGGCCACAGACGGAUUUAGGAGAGUUUUUGGUAACUCGCCUCAUGAGGCGUCUUACAAGGCCAAGUUUCAGAAUGGCCGUGUCGGGGUAGUGAGAGAGGUCAAGUUGUUGGAUGAAGACGAUGAUUCCUUCUCAAAGGAAGUUCGCCUCUUGGGGCGUCUGCACCACCGCCACAUAGUGGCGCUUUAUGGCUUCUCGACUGGACCUAAGCGGUUCCUAGUGUUCGAAAGCAUGGAAAGAGGAAGCUUAAAGGAGCAUCUUUCUGAUCCAUUGAAGACUCCCUUGAACUGGCGAACGAGGCUCAAGAUAGCUGUUGGCAUCGCUGCUGCACUGGAAUAUCUGCAGUUUUUCUGCGAUCCACCAGUUUAUCGCGUCUCUAUAAGCUCAAGCACGAUAAUGCUGGACGAGAACUUCACCCCAAAGAUCUCAGACAUUAGCCUAUCUGCUUCUGCUGAAAAUCCAACCUCAUCCCGUUGUCAAGAAGAGUGCAUCUUCCAGCUGGGACUGGUGAUCUUGGAGCUGAUCACAGGGCAGUCUUCGGACAAGGGUGGUGUCGACUUGGCACAGUGGGUUCAAGAGCCGCGUUUCUUGAGAUCGAUACACAAGAUGAUUGAUCCUGAUCUUGGCAAUAGCUAUGAUCCAAGAGAGCUCAAUGGCCUUCUCAAUGUUGCAAGAUUGUGCAUAAGAUCUGUAGAUAAGACUAGAGUAUACACACCUCAAAUUUUGUGGUAUUUGCAGAAAAAAAUAGGGAUCUCAAGAAAAUGAAAAAAGUGAUUUUAGAAUGAUAUAUAUGUUUUUUUAAAUUGUUAAAAAUUUUCUUUUCGUUUUUUACUGGAGAGUUCUCUUUCUGCCCGACUCUUCGGUCUUAAGAACACCGGUUUUAUGUUAUUCA